GCCGGCUCGCAGCGGUUGCUGUUCUCGCACGACCUGGUGUCGGGCCGUUACCGCGGCUCGGUGCACUUCGGGCUGGUGCGCCUCAUCCACGGCGAGGACUCGGACUCGGAGGGCGAGGAGGAGGGCCGCGGGAGCUCGGGCUGCUCGGAGGCCGGCGGCCCCGGGCACGAGGAGGGCCGCGCCAGCCCGCUGCGCCGCGGCUACGUGCGAGUCCAGUGGUACCCCGAGGGCGUCAAGCAGCACGUGAAGGAGACCAAGCUGAAGCUGGAAGACCGCUCUGUGGUGCCUCGAGAUGUGGUCCGGCACAUGCGCCCCACUGACAGUCAGUGCGGCACAGUCAUAGACGUGAACAUCGACUGCGCCGUCAAGCUGAUCGGCACCAACUGCAUCGUCUACCCCGUCAACAGCAAGGACCUGCAGCACAUCUGGCCCUUCAUGUACGGGGACUACAUCGCCUACGACUGCUGGCUGGGGAAGGUCUACGACCUGAAGAACCAGGUCAUCCUGAAGCUGUCUAAUGGCGCCAGGUGCUCCAUGAACACGGAAGACGGCGCCAAGCUCUACGAUGUCUGCCCCCAUGUCAGCGACUCGGGCCUCUUCUUCGAUGAUUCCUACGGCUUCUACCCGGGCCAGGUGCUCAUUGGCCCCGCCAAGAUCUUCUCCAGUGCCCAAUGGCUCUCGGGGGUCAAGCCCGUGCUCAGCACCAAGAGCAAGUUCCGGGUGGUGGUGGAAGAGGUGCAGGUUGUGGAGCUCAAAGUCACAUGGAUCACCAAGAGUUUCUGCCCCGGGGGCACGGACAGUGUCAGCCCCCCGCCCUCUGUCAUCACCCAGGAGAAUCUAGACAGGGUGAAGCGUCUCGGAUGCUUUGACCACGCUCAGCGGCAGCUGGGGGAGCGCUGUCUGUAUGUCUUCCCAGCCAAGGUAGAGCCGGCCAAGAUGACCUGUGAAUGUCCAGAGAAAAACUGCGCCCAGGGGGAGGGCUCUAUGGCCAAGAAGGUGAAGCGCUUGCUGAAGAAGCAGGUCGUUCGGGUCAUGUCCUGCGCCCCGGACAGCCAGUGUCCCCGCGACCACAGCUCCGAGGACCCGGGCAAGAAGGGGGCCUCCAAGGCCCAGAGCGAGCCGGGCUCCGCGAGCCCUGAGGAGACGCCCGACGGCUCAGCCAGCCCGGUGGAGGCACCAGACGAGGGCCCCGAGGAGCCCCCCGAGGCUGGCGAGCAGCUACCCCCCUUCCUGAUGCGGGAGGCCGGAGAUGACCAGCUGCACUCGGCGGAGCAGGACGCGGACGACGAGGCCGCCGAGGACACGGACGACACGAGCUCGGUGACCUCGUCGGCCAGCUCCACCGCGUCCUCGCAGAGCGGCAGCGGCACGGGCCGCAGGAGGAGCGUGCCCCUGUCCAUCAAGAACCUGAAGCGGAAGCACAAGCGGAAGAAGAGCAAGGCCACGCGAGACUUCAAGCCGGGGGACAGGGUGGCCGUGGAGGUGGUGACCACCAUGACCUCAGCCGACGUGAUGUGGCAGGACGGCUCGGUGGAGUGUGGCAUCCGCUCCAACGACCUGCUCCCCGUGCACCACCUGGACAACAACGAGUUCUGCCCUGGGGACUUCGUGGUGGACAAGCGAGUCCAGAGCUGCCCGGACCCGGCAGUGUAUGGCGUGGUGCAGUCUGGGGACCACGUGGGCCGAACAUGCAUGGUGAAGUGGUUCAAGCUGCGGCCAAGCGGGGACGACGUAGAGCUGAUUGGAGAAGAGGAGGACGUGAGCGUGUAUGACAUCGCCGACCACCCUGACUUCCGGUUCCGCACAACAGAUAUCGUCAUCCGCAUCGGCAACACUGAGGAUGGGGCCCCUCCCAAGGAGGACGAGCCAUCAGUGGGCCAGGUGGCCCGCGUGGAUGUAAGCAGCAAGGUGGAGGUGGUGUGGGCUGACAACUCCAAGACCAUCAUCCUGCCCCAGCACCUGUACAACAUCGAGUCGGAGAUGGAGGAGUCGGACUACGACUCGGUGGAGGGCAGCAGCAGCGGGGCGUCCUCGGACGAGUGGGAGGACGACAGCGACAGCUGGGAGACGGACAACGGGCUGGUGGAGGACGAGCACCCCAAGAUCGAGGAGCCCCCCAACCCUGCCCCCGCCCCGCCAGCCGUCCCCGACGAGGACAAGGGCGUGGUCAUCAGUGAGGAGGCCGCCACGGCCGCCAUCCAGGGCGCGGUGGCCAUGGCCGCCCCCAUGGCGGGGCUGAUGGAGAAGGCCGGCAAGGACGGCCCCCCGAAGAGCUUCCGGGAGCUGAAGGAGGCCAUCAAGAUCCUGGAGAGCCUGAAGAACAUGACGGUGGAGCAGCUGCUGACCGGCUCGCCCACCUCGCCCACCGUGGAGCCCGAGAAGCCCACGCGGGAGAAGAAGUUCCUGGAUGACAUCAAGAAGCUUCAGGAGAACCUCAAGAAGACGCUGGACACCGUGGCCAUCGCCGAGGAGGAGAAGCGGGAGGCGCUGCCCGAGGCCGAGCGCAAGGAGGACAAGCCUGAGGCGCAGUCCCCCGUGAAGGCCGACUGGCCCAGCGAGACCCCCGUGCUCUGCCAGCAGUGCGGCGGCAAGCCCGGAGUCACCUUCACCAGCGCCAAGGGCGAGGUCUUCUCGGUGCUGGAGUUUGCCCCCUCAAAUCACUCUUUUAAGAAGAUUGAGUUCCAGCCUCCAGAAGCCAAGAAGUUCUUCAGCACAGUGCGGAAGGAGAUGGCCCUGCUGGCCACCUCCUUGCCCGACGGGAUCAUGGUCAAGACCUUCGAGGACAGAAUGGACCUCUUCUCUGCCCUGAUCAAGGGGCCCACCCGGACCCCCUACGAGGAUGGCCUCUACCUGUUCGACAUCCAGCUCCCAAACAUCUACCCAGCCGUGCCCCCACACUUCUGCUACCUCUCCCAGUGCAGUGGCCGCCUGAACCCCAACCUGUAUGAUAAUGGGAAAGUGUGUGUCAGCCUCCUAGGCACCUGGAUCGGAAAGGGGACAGAGAGGUGGACAAGCAAAUCCAGCCUGCUCCAAGUUCUCAUCUCCAUCCAAGGUCUGAUCCUGGUGAACGAGCCGUACUACAACGAGGCGGGCUUCGACAGUGACCGCGGCCUGCAGGAGGGCUACGAGAACAGCCGCUGCUACAACGAGAUGGCGCUGAUCCGCGUCGUGCAGUCCAUGACACAGCUGGUGCGGCGGCCGCCCGAGGUCUUCGAGCAGGAGAUCCGGCAGCACUUCAGCGCCGGUGGCUGGCGGCUGGCUAGCCGGAUCGAGUCCUGGCUGCAGACGCACGCGCUGCUGGAGCGGCAGGCGCUGCCCGGCGGCGGCCCUCGGGACAGCGGCUCCCCAGAGCCGCCCACGGGGGCUGAGCUCUCAGACUCUGGCCGGGAGGAACCCGAGGACGGUGGGCUGGGCCCUGGCGAGGCCUCGCAGGGCUCAGACUCAGAGGGUGGCGCGGCGGCCGCCAGCAGGGACCACUCAGAGCAGACUGCUGAGGGGGUGGCAGGGGCGGCGGACACAGCCGUGCCACCCAGCGUCAGACCAAAGAAGCGGAGGAAGAGCUACCGCAGCUUCCUGCCAGAGAAGAGUGGUUACCCCGACAUUGGUUUCCCCCUCUUCCCGCUCUCCAAGGGCUUCAUCAAGAGUGUCCGCGGCGUGCUGGCCCAGUUCCGGGCGGCGCUGCUGGAGGCCGGUAUGCCCGCCAGCGCUGAGGCCAAGUAGCCGCCCACCCCUGCUGGACUCCCCUGCCCAUGCCCCCCAGCUACCCCCCCCUGCCGGCGAGUGUGACGCUAGACCGCUACGAGAGUCUUGAGAUGCUGUGUCACUCGUCUGAAGCAACCUUUGAACAAGCGCCCCGCUGCCCAGGAAGCCUGAACCCUGCUGCACCCAGGCACGUGUCCCCUCCCUUGCCAGCUCAUCGUGGGCCAAAAGUGGAGGCCAGCCCAGUGGCAGGAAACUAGCGGCCGCCUUGCAUCAAUGUGGGCUGCUCCAGCAAUCCCGGCCCUCCCUCCUCAACCCCACCUGGUUUACAAGUUCCCAGGCUGCGCUCUGGCCCUUUGGGUGAUGCUCUGAGAGAAGCCAGGAGCUGGGUGGUUUCGGGGGGGUGUGGGGGUGGGUGGCUUAUGGGAGAGAGACCACUGUGGGUGCUUUGCACUUCCCACCUGGCUCCCGGCACUCAGUGGUGCUGGCUGAUCUGCAAGAGCCAGGCCGAGCACCACGGCCACCCAACCAUUUCCCUCCCCUCUCCCCCACCCCCACUCAGAUGUUGUCCCUUGCCCCUCCCUCGGGUGGGAAGGAGGCACCCCCAGCCCUGGGUUCCCAGGCCCUGCCUGCUCCCUCCAGAGAGCCGGCCUGCAGGCCGCCCGCCAGAGACUGGCUGAGGUUUACAAGUUUUCUAAGCUUUUGAUAAUGUGAAGCUCCAGGUUCAGAGGUUGCUUAGAGCGCAAUGCAGCUCAAUAAUUUUUGGUGUAUGUAUGUAAUAUUUAAGGUUGAAAACCAAUAAAAUCUCAAGAGCAAAACAGCUUAACACUUAUUAGGGGAAAAAGACCCCACCCCACCCCCACCCUCCACAAAAGCCAAAGCAUGCUGUGUCUUGUUGCCCGCUGGCCGUCCUGUGCUGUGCCUGGACAGUGGGGUGCCCAGAGUCCCUGGGGGCUGGCCGAAAGCACACCGGAGGACGGGGGGCCAGGCUCCCAGUGUGUUGUCCACGUGGACGUGUGAAUGCGCCUGCUGACGACAUCUGUACCAAGUGCAGUGUGACGAACUCUACUUGCAUUUUUGUUUUGCAUUUUGGUUUGGCUCGUGACAAUGUACGAGAAGGAAAGGUGCCGCCAUUAAACCUGCCUGUGCCAGUC